UCUCAGAAACUGUUCAUACCCUUUCACUUUCACAGAGAGAGAGAGGAUGGACAGGAAUGAUAGUGUAAACCCAUCACCGCCCGGGAAAGAUCACCUGAAUGAUGUGAUUAAGGGUGUGAUUAAGCUGUUAAUCGCGGUGAUUUUCCUGGGGAUAAUCAUGAUUUGGAUCAUGGUGCCAACACAAACCUACAGAAAAAUAUGGCUGCCGACCCUGCGUGCCAAGCUUGGCAAUUCAACGUAUUUUGGUGCAGCAGGAACGACUCUAUUGUUGUUCACGUUCCCGAUGAUCUUGAUGGCUUGCAUGGGAGGUGUCUACCUUCACUUGAAGAAACGAAAGAACGUCGACCAAUUCAAUAGGGAGAUGAAGGGGGAGAUGGAGGUAUUGAGAAGGCCAAUGUUGGUGAAGGGGCCAUUAGGGAUAGUGUCAGUGACAGAGUUUGGGUUCUUGCUUAUGUUUGUGGCUCUUCUUCUUUGGAGCUUUUGCACUUAUCUCUACAACGGCUUCCUCACCAUCACCCCUCAAUCAGCUGCCGAAGAUGGACACCAAGUGUGGCAAGCGAAGCUAGAGACGGUGGCACUGAGAUUUGGGGUGGUGGGGAACAUAUGUUUGGCGUUUCUGUUCCUUCCGGUGGCGAGAGGGUCGUCGUUGUUGCCGCUGGUGGGGCUGACGUCGGAGUCGAGCAUCAAAUACCACAUCUGGCUCGGCCACUUGGCCAUGACCCUCUUCUCCGCUCACGGCCUUUCUUACAUCCUCUUCUGGAUCUCUACUCACCACAUUUCCCAGAUGAUUGAGUGGGCCAAUGUGGGUGUCGCGAAUCUAGCCGGGGAGAUAUCGCUGGUGGCGGGACUGGCGAUGUGGGCCACCACAUACCCGACAAUAAGGAGGAGAGCCUUCGAAGUGUUCUUAUACACUCACUAUCUCUACAUUGUCUUCUUCCUCUUCUUCGUCCUCCACGUGGGCGUCUCCUAUUCGUUCAUAGCCUUCCCCGGUUUCUUCAUCUUCAUGGUCGAUCGCUUCGUCAGGUUCUUGCAGUCACGUGACAAUGUCCGCUUGAUCUCCGCCCGUGUUCUUCCCUGCGACACCGUCGAACUCAAUUUCUCCAAAAGCCCAAGGCUGAUGUAUAAUCCGACGAGCAUAAUGUUCGUGAACAUACCGAGCAUCUCGAAGCUGCAAUGGCAUCCCUUUACCAUAACUUCGAGCAGCAAUCUCGAACCGGAGAAGAUGAGCGUUGUGAUCAAGGGCGAAGGAAAAUGGUCCACCAAACUCUAUAAGAUCCUUUCUUCUUCUCAGAUUGAUCGUCUCCCUGUCUCUGUCGAAGGACCCUAUGGCCCUGUUUCCACGGAUUUCUUCAGGCACGAAUCCCUGGUGAUGGUGAGCGGCGGUAGUGGUAUAACUCCGUUCAUCUCCAUAAUCCGCGACCUAAUCUCUGCGAGCAAAACCCUGAAUUGCGAAACCCCUAAAAUAACAUUGAUAUGCGCAUUCAAGAACUCUAAUGAUCUAUCCAUGCUUGAACUGAUUCUCCCAAUGUCUGGUAUCGAUACCGAUAUCUCCUCGGAUUUGAAUAUCCAAAUAGAAGCCUUCAUAACCCGAGAGAAAGAACCUCGAAACGAAGCAGAUCAGAAGAUCAGAACUCUCUGGCUCAAGCCAAUUCUCUCAGACCAGCCGAUCUCUGCAAUUCUCGGGCCGAACUCCGGUCUCUGUCUGGGCGCCGUCCUCUCAUCGUCGUUCCUCAUUUUCUUGAUACUCAUCGGAAUCAUCACAAGAUAUUACAUAUACCCGAUCGAUCACAACACCAACAAGAUCUUCUCAUCUGCUUCUAGAUCGAUUUUGUACGCUCUGAUCCUCUGCGUGAGCAUCAUGGCGACAGCUACGGCAGCCAUGUUGUGGAACAAGAACAAGUACGGCACUGUUGAAAGAAAACAGGUCGAAAGCAUCAGCGUACCGACUCCGACAACUGCUUCUCCGACAUCAUGGGCUUACAACGCAGAGAGAGAGCUGGAGAGUUCUCCUCGACAGUCCCUCCUUCAAUCCACCAACCUGCACUUCGGACAAAGGCCCGAUCUCACCAGACUUCUGCUGGAUACGAAAGGAUCGAGCGUUGGAGUUUUGGUGUGUGGGCCGAAGAAGAUGAGACACGAAGUCGCAGCGAUAUGCUCGUCGGGCUUGGCUAAGAACCUGCAUUUCGAAUCUAUCAGCUUCAGCUGGUGAUCCGCUUUUCCGAUUCCGGUGGCGGUUCCUUCUGCCGCAAGUAAUUAAAAUAAGGCUGCCUGGCGUUGUGAUGUUUGUAUAUGGAUUUUUUUUUUCCGGCUAUUUCUCUGCGAAUAUUCAGCGUGGAAAGACGGGCCCCACGCUUUUGUCCGUACGUUUUGAUUUGCAGCCAAAAGAAUGAUGUUCGCCCGCAAAUCAACUUGUGAAGCUAUGUUUAACUGUAAAGUUCUGUGGAUUUUUGCUUGUUUUGUUUGGAAUAAACACAUUUAUACAUAUAUGGCUAUAUAUAUAUGUGUAUGUGUGUGUGUUGUGUAUACAUAUAUGUGUUGUA